GAAUCGAACAAAAGGACUGAAGCACAGCCCAAUACAAGUUAGAAGUCAAAGUCAGAAUAGAAACCCACUGACCUCAGAUAUGGACUGCAAGGUUGUGUUUGCAGCCUUGGAGACGGUGUGUGAGGACAACAUUUCUGCUCUGUGUGGGCCCACUGAUUUGCCUUAUGGCACUGUUGCCGAGCGCUUGAUCACAUGUAUGAGACAAAUUCAGGAGCAUGGACGAGCCCUGGAGCCUGUAGUCACCAAUUUCACCACUGUCUACCACCAUUACGACUUUGACGCACAAACGCCUGGGAAUGGCUAUCGCACAUUGGUCAAGGUCUUGCAGUCUUGCAUUUUGCACAUCAUUCACAAGGGCCGCUACAUUGCCUCUAAUUACAACAGUGCCUUCUUCAGAGCAGACCACAAUGCCUCUGAGAUGGAGGCGUACUGCAUUGCCCUGUCUCAGCUGCGUGCCCUGCUCUACCUCGCCCAGAGGCUCAUGAGCGACAACAACUGUGGCCAGCUAUACUCUCUGCAGGAUGAGGACCUGAGCCACAAGUUUGUGCAGGAGUACAGCUCCAUGCACAAGGCCUGUUUCUACGGCCGCUGUCUGGGCUUUCAGUUCUCACCAGCUCUCCGUCCAUUCCUCCAGACUGUUGUCAUAAGUAUGGUCUCUUAUGGUGAAACAUAUGGAAAACAGCAGUCAGGUUUAGGUAUAGCAGCCCUUUCUCUGCUCACAUCAGGGAAGUAUGUCAUGAAUCCAGAGUUGAGGGGUGCUGAGUUCGAGCGGAUUACCCAGAACCUGGAUUUGCAGUUCUGGAAGUCCUUCUGGAACCUCACAGAGUCUGGACUUAUAACAGGCUUCAACAGAAUUGCUUCUAACCCAGUCCAAGUGAACUUCACACUGACUGUGCCUCCUGAAACUCUACACCUUCCACUGGCCUCAGACCCCACUCUGUCUGCCACGGUGUCACCUCCACUCGCCCACUGGGGCCCUGGUCCGGUUCACAUGCGUCUCAUCUCCUAUGAGAUUCGAGAAGGACAGGACAGUGAGGAGCUGCUAGCUUUUUCUCGAACAGAUCCUCCUCCCAUCUCCAUGUCCCAUCUGCCCUGGGUCCAGAAACAGCCCCGCUCCCCUUGGCUGCUCAUCCAUUUUCACGGAGGCGGAUUUGUGGCACAGACUUCCAAAUCUCAUGAGAAUUAUCUUCGGAGCUGGUCGAAGGAGCUCAGUGUUCCUGUCCUGUCUGUAGACUACUCUCUGUCUCCUGAAGCCCCCUUUCCCAGAGCUCUGGAGGAGUGUUUCUACGCCUACUGCUGGGCCCUGAAAAACUGUCAUCUGCUGGGCUCCACAGCAGAGCGGGUUUGUCUGGCAGGAGACAGCGCUGGAGGAAACCUCUGCAUCACUGUGUCUAUGAAGGCUAUGAACAGCGGCAUCAGGGUCCCUGAUGGCAUCAUGGCCGCCUACCCGGCCACCUUGCUCACCACCGACGCCUCACCCUCUCGUCUGCUCACGCUGAUCGACCCACUGUUACCUCUGGGCGUUCUUGCGAAGUGCCUCAAUGCCUAUGCAGGUACAGACUGUCAGACGGUGCAGCCCAUGGUGGGAAACGGCAGUCUGAGCGCUCUGGGCAGAGACACCGCCCUGCUGCUCAGUGACCUCACACAAGGAGCCUCCAACUGGAUCCAGUCCUUCCUGGACCCGAGGCGGUCUUCAGGCAGCUCACCAUCCUCAGCUCAGAGAAGAAAGCUUGUGAACAACACUUCCACCACAAAAUCUGGAAGUCACAUGGAUUACCCAGAUAACUUUGAGCCCCUGCGCUCUGAGAGUCUGGCUUUUGUUCACCCGACCUCCUGCCCCAUCAUCAGAAACCCGUUUGUGUCACCUCUUCUGGCUCCUGAUCAGCUGCUGAGAGGCCUCCCACCUGUACACUUAGUGGCCUCUGCUCUGGAUGCCUUACUGGAUGACUCGGUAAUGUUCGCCAAGAAGCUGCGAGACAUGGGUCAGCCUGUAACUCUGGCAGUGGUCGAGGACCUUCCUCACGGCUUCCUCAGCCUCUCACAGCUUUCCAAAGAGACUGACAUCGCCGUCGAAAUCUGUGUGGCACGGAUAAGGGAGAUUUUCCAAGAAAAUAACACAUCACCUGCUCUACGACAACGCCCAAAAAUGGAAAGAAGUCACCAAAGCACCAGUCCUUUGGGCUGAUGUUUGUUGCUCUUGACUCUUUUUUUUCUGAAAUAAAAACAGAUCUGACAAAAUGCAUUGAGAGAAAUGCAGCACAUUCACAAAAAGAUAACAAAAAAGUGAAGAUUAUGAGAAAAAAACAAGAGCGGUUAAGUUGGACCAGAGGGAUAUUGCACUUUUAACCAACACUGUAUAACAUUUUCUGCAGGUAUUGAUGAUGGAAACAUCAAAAAUGCACCUUUCUGCAAUUCACAGUUAUAUAAUGGCUAAAAUUUGAAAGUAUUUUUGUACUGAGACUUACACAGUUAACAUCCAUAUCAAAUGCACACAAAGAAGAGUAUUCUUUAAAAGAAACUUGGCACUAAAUCAACCAGCCUUUUCAGCAAUUUACAUUAUAUCAGUUAACGGAGCUGGUGUGCCUUGUGUUUAAAGCUAUGCUUUGUUUGCAUAGUCUUUGUUUCUUAAGAAAAGCUUUGCCUGCAGUACAUUAAAGGUUUACAUGUAAAAGUUUACACACUCCAGAUGCACUGUAUUAUACAUUUUAAGGCAAUUUAACUUUUUUUAAAAGAUGCAGAAAUAGGGGACAGGAUUAAACUCAGAAGAUUUUACAAGGAAAAUAAGUUGAAUAUUCUCCAAGACUGAGAUCGUACAUUAAUGAGAGAAAAACGUGAAUGUUGUCUACGAUUAUGAAGUCAUAAACCUGCAAUAAAACACUUUGCUGCUCUGAUGGUUAGUGAAGCAAAAAUUUUAUUGAGAACAUAGUGUCUUUGCUUCAGCUUUUCUUUUUUUAAACCAUGUUAAUUCUUGCAGAGGCUAAAAUAUUUUUGUGCAUGAUUUUAAACAGAAUCAACUCCAACUCUACUAUUCAACACUUUUAAUAUUGAUGAGGUGAAGUUGAAUUUGUCUUUGUCAGUAACUUCCAUAUUCGAUGUGUGAACGCACACCUUAUCUUCAGCCAUGCAGAUGUAACAGAAUGUCAGUGUCUGUACAUUUGAUAUGAGAAUACCAUCUGUGCCAUGACCACACAUGACCUUUUGAACAGUACUGUAACGUAUAUUAACUCAUGUGUUCAGCUAUAAUUUAAUCACAUACGGUUGUGUGUUUAUUGCUUUUUUCGGCUUUUUAAAUCAACACCAGCACAGUCGGUGACUUUAUAAUCUCGGAGAAUAUCAGCAUUUUCUCUUGUACAUUUUUAACUUUUUUUUUGGUAAAUUGGGGACUUAAAUCUGGGAAGGUCUGAGUUUUACUUGAAAUAUUACCCACAGCUAUUACUUAACCUGCAGUUGCCCAAAUAAUAGUAUUAUACACCGUAUUUGGAUUAAAUGAAUAACUUGGUUUUUUCAACUUGUCACAUGUUUACAAUAUAUUGAUCGGGAUGCCUUAUUAAGUAUUUACCAGCAGUGUGAUAUAAAGGAAACUAAAUGACUGAAUGAUAGCUUGGUGUUAAAAAAAAUUGUGUUUCAAUUUAAACCAUGUGAAUCAAGAAUUCUACAGCUUAACUACAAAUAUGAAACGAAUGUAAAUAUUUCUAAAGUACUGCAAUAUUUCUAAAGUCUUAUUGUUCAAUCAAGUUUCCCAUAUAGAUGAUAAUGAUUGUACAUGUUAUCACUCAUAAAAUAACCCAAAAGCAGUAUGUUUCAAAGGUAAACACUCCGGCUUAGAAUUUUUGGCACAGCUUGACUUUUCCCAUCUUUAUCGAUAACUAUUAUUUCUCUGUGUGCUCGUUUGCAGCACUUGUCACAGUUCCCAGAUGUGUUGGCACCAUUUCCCUUUUCCUCAGCGUUUUCUAUUGGUGUUUCUUUAAUAUGAGCUGUCAGUGACGUGUAGGAGGGUAAACACGCACUUUAAAUAUAAGGAGAUAAUGCAGUACGUCCCUGUCUGUACAUCUCUGCACCAAAGCCACAAUGUUGUUGCUUGUUUUGCUUGUGUCAGUGGCUGCAAAUGGUGAGUCUGAAACUAACUUUCUUGAACCCUACAGAAAAAAAAAACCAAAAUGACCAAAAUAAACUUUACCUCUUUA